UACACCAACAAGGUACAACAACCAAAACACACGACGAGUUACACGACAAGGCAAGACAUGAGAGUCCCUUGACUGACCGAUUCUUCUCGUUGCACAGUGAGUCCCACAAGACAAUAUAAAAAGGUAAGGAAAUCUACAGCCAUAGAUCUCUCUCCAAUCCUCAUCAUCAAAUUUAUUCGUCACCAACGCUUUCACAUCACGGCGACUGACACAACUGUCACAGAAAAAACAACUGCAACUAAGUCAACCAAAACCAAACCAACUUAAUCUCCUCCUUUAUUUAUUAGUAUUAGACUCUUUCUCCAAACCAAACCAAACCAAACCAAUUCUAUCCCCAAAAAUGGUGAGCACCACCAGCAUCAACAACAAUGGUGGUGGAAGCAAAACUACGGGGUUUGGUUAUGGUGCGGCAAAGACAUCUGUGUGGUGGGACAUAGAAAAUUGCAGGGUUCCAAAAGAAGGGUACAACCCAAACGCCAUAGCUCAGAACAUAAGUUCUGCGUUGAUGAAGAUGGGUUAUUGUGGACCCAUCUCUAUUGCUGCCUAUGGUGACACCAAUGCUAUCCCUGAUCCUGUCCAGCAUGCUCUUUCCAGCACUGGCAUCUCCCUCUACCAUGUCCCCGCUGGGGUCAAAGAUGCAAGUGACAAGAGGAUUUUGGUGGACAUGUUGUUUUGGGCAGUGGACAAUCCUGCACCGGCUAAUUACCUCUUGAUUUCUGGUGACCAGGAUUUCUCUAAUGCUCUGCAUCAGUUGAGCAUGAGGAGGUACAACAUUCUUCUAGCACAGCCUCAGCAGGCUUCUGCACCUCUUCUUUCUGCUGCUAAGAGCAUCUGGCUUUAUACCAGUCUUUUAGCUGGAGGGCCACCAAUAAUGAACGGUGAAUUGCAACAGCUUGUUAAUAAUAAUAGCUAUUCAUCAAGUUCCAACACAUUACAGAUGCCAGUUUCUAAUGCCAUUGGUAUAACGCAACCUAUGAAAACCUAUCAGGGUAAUCCCCAUAUUGGAAAUCAUACUAUGGCAUAUAUAGGAAAGGGGGUGGACAGUAGAUAUCAAGGAAAAUCAACUUCAAGAAACUUCAGUCAAGCUAAUGGAUCAAAAACUUUGAGUUCACCAGUAGAACAUUACAGCAAUGUAAACUCUCAUCAACCUGGUAAUUUUUCUUAUAUUCCAAAUGUUCCUCCAAGUGGACCUGCCCAAAAUUUUGUUCAUGGCAAUCCUGGUCCUUCAUGGAGCAAUAGCAGUAACCACCAAAAAAAUCACCAAUAUAAUUAUUCAGAGUCAUUACGGCCAAACAACUUUGCCACUCAACCUGCAUUUUCACCUCGUAGUAUGCAUCUACCUCCACUUAAUACUAACACUUUUGUUCCUCCCUUAACCCCUCUGAGGCUUAAUGGAUCCAACUUUACCUCAAGACCACCUACAAAGGUGCCUGAUAUUAAUUUCUUGAACAUCUCUGGAUAUUCCAACAGUGUUCACAACCCUCCUACUGUCCAGCAAAGAAAUCAAGAGCCUAGACAUAUUUCUAUUACUAAGUCUACAAAUCAUGCAUGCUUAAGCGAAUCACAAAAUGGAUAUAUGGUGCAGAAGAAGCUGUCAGUUUACCCUAACAUGCUGAAUAAUGGAUAUCCUCGUGACCCAGAGUAUCCAUCCUUGUCUUCAGCAGAAAUGGGUGGCACUAGUACCUGUAUAUUGGAGACUCCUGGAUUCCCAAAGCCUUCUGGGUAUGUCCAAGGCCUACUAGGGGUAAUCUUGCUUGCAUUGGACACCCUAAAAAAUGAAAAGAUAAUGCCUACUGAAGCAAAUAUAAUUGAUUGCAUUCAAUAUGGAGACCCCAAGCAUCGGAAUAUUGACAUUAAAAAUGCUCUGGAGAGUGCUAUUGAGCAGCAGAUGGUAGUGAAGCACAUUGCCGGUGAUGUGCAGUUGUAUGUUCCUAAGAACGAGAAACUUUGGCAUUGUGUGAACCCUAUAGAUGGUAAUCCUAAUCGAUACUCAAAAGUUACAUGGGAUGAAACUGAAAAUUUUCUAACAUCCCCUGCCGGACGAUCUGCAAUAAUCGCUUCUCAGUGCAAGUAUGAAGCAGCUAGUAUUUUAAGGAAUAUGUGCCUGAAAGAGCUUGCCUUGGGUGACAUACUUCAAAUUUUAAAUAUGGCUUUGAAGACGAAGACGACAAUAGCUCGGCGAAGAUCUAGUGCAGCACGGACUGAGUCCGAUCGGCGAGUUUGGGUGGCGAGUGAGUUGGGAACGACGAUCAGCCUCUCCGAUCCAACAAUCCGUUUGGAAACGAAGACGGUGACAGAGAAUUGAUCGGACAUGGAGGGCGAGUGGGUCAAAGUUGUUGUGAUUGUGUUGUUGUUGUGGAAGAUCGGUGAAUCAGUGGCCGGAUUUUGUUGAAGGGUGGUUGGUUGGGUGUGGGUGUGGACAGAGAAGACAAGGUGAUGAGUUUGUGUUAGAGAGGAGAGGGAAUGAAAUAAUAAAAAAUGU